AUGAACGGCUGCGCAGGAACGGCUGCGCAGGAACGGCUGCGCAGGAACGGCUGCGCAGGAACGGCUGCGCAGGUACGGCUGCGCAGGAACGGCUGCGCAGGAACGGCUGCGCAGGAACGGCUGCGCAGAAACGGCUGCGCAGGAACGGCUGCGCAGGAACGGCUGCGCAGGAACGGCUGCGCAGGAACGGCUGCGCAGGAACGGCUGAGCAGGAACGGCUGCGCAGGAACGGCUGCGCAGGAACGGCUGCGCAGGAACGGCUGCGCAGGAACGGCUGCGAAGGAACGGCUGCGCAGAAACGGCUGCGCAGUAACGGCUGCGCGGGAACGGCUGCGCGGAAACGGCUGCGCGGGAACGGCUGCGCGGGAACGGCUGCGCGGGAACGGCUGCGCGGGAACGGCUGCGCAGAAGCGGCUGCGCAGAAGCGGCUGCGCAGAAGCGGCUGCGCAGAAGCGGCUGCGCAGAAGCGGCUGCGCAGAAGCGGCUGCGCAGAAGCGGCUGCGCAGAAGCGGCUGCGCAGAAGCGGCUGCGCAGAAGCGGCUGCGCAGAAGCGGCUGCGCAGAAGCGGCUGCGCAGAAGCGGCUGCGCAGAAGCGGCUGCGCAGAAGCGGCUGCGCAGAAGCGGCUGCGCAGAAGCGGCUGCGCAGAAGCGGCUGCGCAGAAGCGGCUGCGCAGAAGCGGCUGCGCAGGAACGGCUGCGCAGAAGCGGCUGCGCAGGAACAGCUGCGCAGGAACAGCUGCGCAGGAACAGCUGCGCAGGAACAGCUGCGCAGGAACAGCUGCGCAGGAACGGCUGCGCAGAAACGGCUGCGCAGGAACGGCUGCGCAGGAACGGCUGCGCAGGAACGGCUGCGCAGGAACGGCUGCGCAGGAACGGCUGCGCAGGAACGGCUGCGCAGGAACGGCUGCGCAGGAACGGCUGCGCAGGAACGGCUGCGCAGGAACGGCUGCGCAGGAACGGCUGCGCAGGAACGGCUGCGCAGGAACGGCUGCGCAGGAACGGCUGCGCAGGAACGGCUGCGCAGGAACGGCUGCGCAGAAGCGGCUGCGCAGAAGCGGCUGCGCAGAAGCGGCUGCGCAGAAGCGGCUGCGCAGAAGCGGCUGCGCAGAAGCGGCUGCGCAGAAGCGGCUGCGCAGAAGCGGCUGCGCAGAAGCGGCUGCGCAGAAGCGGCUGCGCACAAAGCGGCUGCGCACAAAGCGGCUGCGCACAAAGCGGCUGCGCACAAAGCGGCUGCGCACAAAGCGGCUGCGCAGAAGCGGCUGCGCAGAAGCGGCUGCGCAGAAGCGGCUGCGCAGAAGCGGCUGCGCAGAAGCGGCUGCGCAGAAGCGGCUGCGCAGAAGCGGCUGCGAACGGCUGCGCAGGAACGGCUGCGCAGGAACGGCUGCGCAGGAACGGCUGCGCAGGAACGGCUGCGCAGGUACGGCUGCGCAGGAACGGCUGCGCAGGAACGGCUGCGCAGGAACGGCUGCGCAGGAACGGCUGCGCAGGAACGGCUGCGCAGGAACGGCUGCGCAGGAACGGCUGCGCAGGAACGGCUGCGCAGGAACGGCUGAGCAGGAACGGCUGCGCAGGAACGGCUGCGCAGGAACGGCUGCGCAGGAACGGCUGCGCAGGAACGGCUGCGAAGGAACGGCUGCGCAGAAACGGCUGCGCAGUAACGGCUGCGCGGGAACGGCUGCGCGGAAACGGCUGCGCGGGAACGGCUGCGCGGGAACGGCUGCGCGGGAACGGCUGCGCGGGAACGGCUGCGCGGAAGCGGCUGCGCAGAAGCGGCUGCGCAGAAGCGGCUGCGCAGAAGCGGCUGCGCAGAAGCGGCUGCGCAGAAGCGGCUGCGCAGAAGCGGCUGCGCAGAAGCGGCUGCGCAGAAGCGGCUGCGCAGAAGCGGCUGCGCAGAAGCGGCUGCGCAGAAGCGGCUGCGCAGAAGCGGCUGCGCAGAAGCGGCUGCGCAGAAGCGGCUGCGCAGAAGCGGCUGCGCAGAAGCGGCUGCGCAGAAGCGGCUGCGCAGGAACGGCUGCGCAGGAACGUCUGCGCAGGAACGUCUGCGCAGGAACGUCUGCGCAGGAACGUCUGCGCAGGAACGUCUGCGCAGGAACGGCUGCGCAGGAACGGCUGCGCAGGAACGGCUGCGCAGGAACGGCUGCGCAGGAACGGCUGCGCAGGAACGGCUGCGCAGAACGGCUGCGCAGGAACGGCUGCGCAGGAACGGCUGCGCAGGAACGGCUGCGCAGGAACGGCUGCGCAGGAACGGCUGCGCAGGAACGGCUGCGCAGGAACGGCUGCGCAGGAACGGCUGCGCAGGAACGGCUGCGCAGGAACGGCUGCGCAGAAACGGCUGCGCAGAAACGGCUGCGCAGGAACGGCUGCGCAGGAACGGCUGCGCAGGAACGGCUGCGCAGGAACGGCUGCGCAGGAACGGCUGCGCAGGAACGGCUGCGCAGGAACGGCUGCGCAGGAACGGCUGCGCAGGAACGGCUGCGCAGGAACGGCUGCGCAGGAACGGCUGCGCAGGAACGGCUGCGCAGUAACGGCUGCGCAGAACGGCUGCGCAGGAACGGCUGCGCAGAAGCGGCUGCGCAGAAGCGGCUGCGCAGAAGCGGCUGCGCAGAAGCGGCUGCGCAGAAGCGGCUGCGCCGAAGCGGCUGCGCCGAAGCGGCUGCGCAGAAGCGGCUGCGCAGAAGCGGCUGCGCAGAAGCGGCUGCGCAGAAGCGGCUGCGCAGAAGCGGCUGCGCAGAAGCGGCUGCGCAGAACCGGCUGCGCAGAACCGGCUGCGCAGAAGCGGCUGCGCAGAAGCGGCUGCGCAGAAGCGGCUGCGCAGAAGCGGCUGCGCAGAAGCGGCUGCGCAGAAGCGCGCAGAAGCGACCUGCGCAGAAGCGGACUGCGCAGAAGCGGCUUGCGCAGAAGCUGGCUGCGCAGAAGCGGCUGCGCAGAAGCGGCUGCGCAGAAGCGGCUGCGCAGAAGCGGGGGCUGCGCAGAGACGGCUGCGCAGGAAGCCGGCUGCGCAAGGAGCGGCUGCGCAGAAACGGCUGCGCAGAAACGGCUGCGCAGGAAACGGCUGCGCAGAAACGGCUGCGCAGAAGAACGGCUGCGCAUAAACGGCUGCGCAGAAACGGCUGCGCAGAAACGGCUGCGCAUAACGGCUGCGCAGGAACGGCUGCGCAGGAACGGCUGCGCAGGAACGGCUGCGCAGGAACGGCUGCGCAGGAACGGCUGCGCAGGAAGAACGGCUGCGCACGAAACGGCUGCGCACGAACGGCUGCGCAGGAACGGCUGCGCAGGAACGGCUGCGCAGGAACGGCUCUGCGCAGGAACGGCUGCGCAGGAACUGCUGCGCAGGAACCGCGCAGAACGGCUGCGCAGGAACGGCUGCGCAGGAACGGCCUGCGCAGGAACGGCUGCGAACGGCUGCGCAGGAACGGCUGCGCAGGAACGCUGCGCAGGAACGGCUGCGCAGAAGCGGCUGCGCAGAAGCGGCUGCGCAGAAGCGGCUGCGCAGAAGCGGCUGCGCAGAAACGGCUGCGCAGAAGCGGCUGCGCAGAAGCGGCUGCGCAGAAGCGGCUGCGCCGAAGCGGCUGCGCCGAAGCGGCUGCGCAGAAGCGGCUGCGCAGAAGCGGCUGCGCAGAAGCGGCUGCGCAGAAGCGGCUGCGCAGAAGCGGCUGCGCAGAAGCGGCUGCGCAGAAGCGGCUGCGCAGAAAGCGGCUGCGCAGAAGCGGCUCUGCGCAGAAGCGGCUGCGCAAAGCGCUGAGCGAAGCGGCUGCGCAGAAGCUGCUGCGCGAGCGGCUGCGCAGAAGCGGCUGCGCAGAAGCGGCUGCGCAGAAGCGGCUGCGCAGAAGCGGCUGCGCAGAAGCGGCUGCGCAGAAGCGGCUGCGCAGAAGCGGCUGCGCAGAAGCGGCUGCGCAGAAGCGGCUGCGCAGAAGCGGCUGCGCAGAAGCGGCCUGCGCAGAAGCGGCUGCGCAGAAACGGCUGCGCAGAAACGGCUGCGAACGGCUGCGCAGGAACAGCUGCGCAGGAACAGCUGCGCAGGAACAGCUGCGCAGGAACAGCUGCGCAGGAACAGCUGCGCAGGAACAGCUGCGCACGAACAGCUGCGCAGGAACAGCUGCGCAGGAACAGCUGCGCAGGAACAGCUGCGCAGGAACAGCUGCGCAGGAACGGCUGCGCAGGAACGGCUGCGCACGAACGGCUGCGCAGGAACGGCUGCGCAGGAACGGCUUCGCAGGAACGGCUGCGCAUAAACGGCUGCGCAUAAACGGCUGCGCAGAAGCGGCUGCGCAGAAGCGGCUGCGCAGAAGCGGCUGCGCAGGAACAACUACGCAGAAGCAGCUGCGCAGAAGCAGCUGCGCAGGAACAGCUGCGCAGGAACAGCUGCGCAGGAACGGCUGCGCAGGAACGGCUGCGCAGGAACGGCUGCGCAGGAACGGCUGCGCAGGAACGGCUGCAAGCGGCUGCGCAGAAGCGGCUGCGCAGAAGCGGCUGCGCAGGAACAGCUGCGCAGAAGCGGCUGCGCAGAAGCGGCUGCGCAGGAACGGCUGCGCAGGAACGGCUGCGCAGGAACGGCUGCGCAGGAACGGCUGCGCAGGAACGGCUGCGCAGGAACGGCUGCGCAGGAACGGCUGCGCAGGAACGGCUGCGCAGGAACGGCUGCGCAGGAACGGCUGCGCAGGAACGGCUGCGCAGGAACGGCUGCGCAGGAACGGCUGCGCAGGAACGGCUGCGCAGAAGCGGCUGCGCAGAAGCGGCUGCGCAGAAGCGGCUGCGCAGAAGCGGCUGCGCAGAAGCGGCUGCGCAGAAGCGGCUGCGCAGAAGCGGCUGCGCAGAAGCGGCUGCGCAGAAGCGGCUGCGCAGAAGCGGCUGCGCAGAAGCGGCUGCGCAGAAGCGGCUGCGCAGAAGCGGCUGCGCAAAAGCGGCUGCGCAGGAACAGCUGCGCAGAAGCGGCUGCGCAGGAACGGCUGCGCAGGAACGGCUGCGCAGAAACAGCUGCGCAGGAACAGCUGCGCAGGAACAGCUGCGCAGGAACAGCUGCGCAGGAACAGCUGCGCAGAAACAGCUGCGCAGAAACGGCUGCGCAGGAACGGCUGCGCAGAAACGGCUGCGCAGAAACGGCUGCGCAGAAACGGCUGCGCAGGAACGGCUGCGCAGGAACGGCUGCGCAGGAACGGCUUCGCAGGAACGGCUUCGCAGGAACGGCUUCGCAGGAACGGCUGCGCAGGAACGGCUGCGCAGGAACGGCUGCGCAGGAACGGCUGCGCAGGAACGGCUGCGCAGGAACGGCUGCGCAGGAACGGCUGCGCAGGAACGGCUGCGCAGGAACGGCUGCGCAGUAACGGCUGCGCAGUAACCGGCUGCGCAGUAACGGCUGCGCAGAAACGGCUGCGCAGGAACGGCUGCGCAGGAACGGCUGCGCAGGAACGGCUGCGCAGGAACGGCUGCGCAGGAACGGCUGCGCAGGAACGGCUGCGCAGGAACGGCUGCGCAGAAGCGGCUGCGCAGAAGCGGCUGCGCAGAAGCGGCUGCGCAGAAGCGGCUGCGCAGAAGCGGCUGCGCAGAAGCGGCUGCGCAGAAGCGGCUGCGCAGAAGCGGCUGCGCAGAAGCGGCUGCGCAGAAGCGGCUGCGCAGAAGCGGCUGCGCAGAAGCGGCUGCGCAGAAGCGGCUGCGCAGAAGCGGCUGCGCACAAAGCGGCUGCGCACAAAGCGGCUGCGCACAAAGCGGCUGCGCACAAAGCGGCUGCGCACAAAGCGGCUGCGCACAAGCGGCUGCGCACAAGCGGCUGCGCACAAGCGGCUGCGCACAAGCGGCUGCGCAGAAGCGGCUGCGCAGAAGCGGCUGCGCAGAAGCGGCUGCGCAGAAGCGGCUGCGCAGAAGCGGCUGCGCAGAAGAACGGCUGCGCAGAAACGGCUGCGCAGAAACGGCUGCGCAGGAACGGCUGCGCAGGAACGGCUGCGCAGGAACGGCUGCGCAGGAACGGCUGCGCAGGAACGGCUGCGCAGGAACGGCUGCGCAGGAACGGCUGCGCAGAAGCGGCUGCGCAGAAGCGGCUGCGCAGAAGCGGCUGCGCAGAAGCGGCUGCGCAGAAGCGGCUGCGCAGAAGCGGCUGCGCAGAAGCGGCUGCGCAGAAGCGGCUGCGCAGAAGCGGCUGCGCAGAAGCGGCUGCGCAGAAGCGGCUGCGCAGAAGCGGCUGCGCAGAAGCGGCUGCGCAGAAGCGGCUGCGCAGAAGCGGCUGCGCAGAAGCGGCUGCGCAGAAGCGGCUGCGCAAAAGCGGCUGCGCAGGAACGGCUGCGCAGAAGCGGCUGCGCAGGAACAGCUGCGCAGGAACAGCUGCGCAGAAACAGCUGCGCAGGAACAGCUGCGCAGGAACAGCUGCGCAGGAACGGCUGCGCAGGAACGGCUGCGCAGAAACGGCUGCGCAGGAACGGCUGCGCAGAAACGGCUGCGCAGAAACGGCUGCGCAGAAACGGCUGCGCAGGAACGGCUGCGCAGGAACGGCUGCGCAGGAACGGCUUCGCAGGAACGGCUUCGCAGGAACGGCUGCGCAGGAACGGCUGCGCAGGAACGGCUGCGCAGGAACGGCUGCGCAGGAACGGCUGCGCAGGAACGGCUGCGCAGGAACGGCUGCGCAGGAACGGCUGCGCAGGAACGGCUGCGCAGGAACGGCUGCGCAGUAACGGCUGCGCAGUAACGGCUGCGCAGAAACGGCUGCGCAGGAACGGCUGCGCAGGAACGGCUGCGCAGGAACGGCUGCGCAGGAACGGCUGCGCAGGAACGGCUGCGCAGGAACGGCUGCGCAGGAACGGCUGCGCAGAAGCGGCUGCGCAGAAGCGGCUGCGCAGAAGCGGCUGCGCAGAAGCGGCUGCGCAGAAGCGGCUGCGCAGAAGCGGCUGCGCAGAAGCGGCUGCGCAGAAGCGGCUGCGCACAAAGCGGCUGCGCACAAAGCGGCUGCGCACAAAGCGGCUGCGCACAAAGCGGCUGCGCACAAGCGGCUGCGCACAAGCGGCUGCGUACAAGCGGCUGCGCACAAGCGGCUGCGCACAAGCGGCUGCGCAGAAGCGGCUGCGCAGAAGCGGCUGCGCAGAAGCGGCUGCGCAGAAGCGGCUGCGCAGAAGAACGGCUGCGCAGGAACGGCUGCGCAGGAACGGCUGCGCAGAAACGGCUGCGCAGGAACGGCUGCGCAGGAACGGCUGCGCAGGAACGGCUGCGCAGGAACGGCUGCGCAGGAACGGCUGCGCAGGAACGGCUGCGCAGGAACGGCUGCGCAGGAACGGCUGCGCAGGAACGGCUGCGCAGAAGCGGCUGCGCAGAAGCGGCUGCGCAGAAGCGGCUGCGCAGAAGCGGCUGCGCAGAAGCGGCUGCGCAGAAGCGGCUGCGCAGAAGCGGCUGCGCAGAAGCGGCUGCGCAGAAGCGGCUGCGCAGAAGCGGCUGCGCAGAAGCGGCUGCGCAGAAGCGGCUGCGCAGAAGCGGCUGCGCAGAAGCGGCUGCGCAGAAGCGGCUGCGCAGAAGCGGCUGCGCAGAAGCGGCUGCGCAGAAGCGGCUGCGCAGAAGCGGCUGCGCAGAAGCGGCUGCGCAGAAGCGGCUGCGCAGAAGCGGCUGCGCAAAAGCGGCUGCGCAGGAACAGCUGCGCAGAAGCGGCUGCGCAGGAACAGCUGCGCAGGAACAGCUGCGCAGAAACAGCUGCGCAGGAACAGCUGCGCAGGAACAGCUGCGCAGGAACAGCUGCGCAGGAACGGCUGCGCAGAAACGGCUGCGCAGAAACGGCUGCGCAGGAACGGCUGCGCAGAAACGGCUGCGCAGAAACGGCUGCGCAGGAACGGCUGCGCAGGAACGGCUGCGCAGGAACGGCUUCGCAGGAACGGCUUCGCAGGAACGGCUUCGCAGGAACGGCUGCGCAGGAACGGCUGCGCAGGAACGGCUGCGCAGGAACGGCUGCGCAGGAACGGCUGCGCAGGAACGGCUGCGCAGGAACGGCUGCGCAGAACGGCUGCGCAGGAACGGCUGCGCAGGAACGGCUGCGCAGGAACGGCUGCGCAGGAACGGCUGCGCAGGAACGGCUGCGCAGGAACGGCUGCGCAGGAACGGCUGCGCAGAAACGGCUGCGCAGAAACGGCUGCGCAGAAGCGGCUGCGCAGAAGCGGCUGCGCAGAAGCGGCUGCGCAGAAGCGGCUGCGCAGAAGCGGCUGCGCAGAAGCGGCUGCGCAGAAGCGGCUGCGCAGAAGCGGCUGCGCAGAAGCGGCUGCGCAGAAGCGGCUGCGCACAAAGCGGCUGCGCACAAAGCGGCUGCGCACAAAGCGGCUGCGCACAAAGCGGCUGCGCACAAAGCGGCUGCGCACAAAGCGGCUGCGCACAAAGCGGCUGCGCACAAGCGGCUGCGCACAAGCGGCUGCGCACAAGCGGCUGCGCACAAGCGGCUGCGCACAAGCGGCUGCGCAGAAGCGGCUGCGCAGAAGCGGCUGCGCAGAAGCGGCUGCGCAGAAGCGGCUGCGGAGAAGCGGCUGCGCAGAAGCGGCUGCGCAUAAACGGCUGCGCAUAAACGGCUGCGCAGAAACGGCUGCGCAGAAACGGCUGCGCAUAAACGGCUGCCUGCACAGGAACAGCUGCGCAGGAACAGCUGCGCAGGAACGGCUGCGCAGGAACGGCUGCGCAGGAACGGCUGCGCAGGAACGGCUGCGCAGGAACGGCUGCGCAGGAACGGCUGCGCAGGAACGGCUGCGCAGGAACGGCUGCGCAGGAACGGCUGAGCAGGAACGGCUGCGCAGGAACGGCUGCGCAGGAACGGCUGCGCAGGAACGGCUGCGCAGGAACGGCUGCGCAGGAACGGCUGCGCAGAAACGGCUGCGCAGUAACGGCUGCGCAGGAACGGCUGCGCAGGAACGGCUGCGCAGGAACGGCUGCGCAGGAACGGCUGCGCAGGAACAACUGCGCAGAAGCAGCUGCGCAGAAGCAGCUGCGCAGGAACAGCUGCGCAGGAACAGCUGCGCAGGAACAGCUGCGCAGGAACAGCUGCGCAGGAACAGCUGCGCAGGAACAGCUGCGCAGGAACAGCUGCGCAGGAACAGCUGCGCAGGAACAGCUGCGCAGGAACGGCUGCGCAGGAACGGCUGCGCAGGAACGGCUGCGCAGGAACGGCUGCGCAGGAACGGCUUCGCAGGAACGGCUGCAAGCGGCUGCGCAGAAGCGGCUGCGCAGGAACAACUGCGCAGAAGCAGCUGCGCAGAAGCAGCUGCGCAGGAACGGCUGCGCAGGAACGGCUGCGCAGGAACGGCUGCGCAGGAACGGCUGCGCAGGAACGGCUGCGCAGGAACGGCUGCGCAGGAACGGCUGCGCAGGAACGGCUGCGCAGGAACGGCUGCGCAGGAACGGCUGCGCAUAAACGGCUGCGCAGGAACGGCUGCGCAGAAGCGGCUGCGCAGAAGCGGCUGCGCAGAAGCGGCUGCGCAGAAGCGGCUGCGCAGAAGCGGCUGCGCUGAAGCGGCUGCGCAGAAGCGGCUGCGCAGAAGCGGCUGCGCAGAAGCGGCUGCGCAGAAGCGGCUGCGCAGAAGCGGCUGCGCAGAAGCGGCUGCGCAGAAGCGGCUGCGCAGAAGCGGCUGCGCAGAAGCGGCUGCGCAGAAGCGGCUGCGCAGAAGCGGCUGCGCAGAAGCGGCUGCGCAGGAACGGCUGCGCAGGAACGGCUGCGCAGGAACGGCUGCGCAGGAACGGCUGCGCAGGAACGGCUGCGCAGGAACAACUGCGCAGAAGCAGCUGCGCAGAAGCAGCUGCGCAGGAACAGCUGCGCAGGAACAGCUGCGCAGGAACAGCUGCGCGGGAACAGCUGCGCAGGAACAGCUGCGCAGGAACAGCUGCGCAGGAACAGCUGCGCAGGAACGGCUGCGCAGGAACGGCUGCAAGCGGCUGCGCAGAAGCGGCUGCGCAGAAGCGGCUGCGCAGAAGCGGCUGCGCAGGAACAACUGCGCAGAAGCAGCUGCGCAGAAGCAGCUGCGCAGGAACAGCUGCGCAGGAACAGCUGCGCAGGAACAGCUGCGCAGGAACGGCUGCGCAGGAACGGCUGCGCAGGAACGGCUGCGCAGGAACGGCUGCGCAGGAACGGCUGCGCAUAAACGGCUGCGCAUAAACGGCUGCGCAGAAGCGGCUGCGCAGAAGCGGCUGCGCAGGAACAGCUGCGCAGAAGCAGCUGCGCAGAAGCAGCUGCGCAGGAACAGCUGCGCAGGAACAGCUGCGCAGGAACGGCUGCGCAGGAACGGCUGCGCAGGAACGGCUGCGCAGGAACGGCUGCGCAGGAACGGCUGCGCAGGAACGGCUGCGCAGGAACGGCUGCGCAGGAACGGCUGCGCAGGAACGGCUGCGCAGGAACGGCUGCGCAGGAACGGCUGCGCAGGAACGGCUGCGCAGGAACGGCUGCGCAGGAACGGCUGCGCAGGAACGGCUGCGCAGGAACGGCUGCGCAGGAACGGCUGCGCAGGAACGGCUGCGCAGAAGCGGCUGCGCAGAAGCGGCUGCGCAGAAGCGGCUGCGCAGAAGCGGCUGCGCAGAAGCGGCUGCGCAGAAGCGGCUGCGCAGAAGCGGCUGCGCAGAAGCGGCUGCGCAGAAGCGGCUGCGCAGAAGCGGCUGCGCAGAAGCGGCUGCGCAGAAGCGGCUGCGCAGAAGCGGCUGCGCAGAAGCGGCUGCGCAGAAGCGGCUGCGCAGAAGCGGCUGCGCAGAAGCGGCUGCGCAGAAGCGGCUGCGCAGAAGCGGCUGCGCAGAAGCGGCUGCGCAGAAGCGGCUGCGCAGAAGCGGCUGCGCAGAAGCGGCUGCGCAGAAGCGGCUGCGCAGAAGCGGCUGCGCAGAAGCGGCUGCGCAGAAGCGGCUGCGCAGAAGCGGCUGCGCAGAAGCGGCUGCGCAGAAGCGGCUGCGCAGAAGCGGCUGCGCAGAAGCGGCUGCGCAGAAGCGGCUGCGCAGAAGCGGCUGCGCAGAAGCGGCUGCGCAGAAGCGGCUGCGCAGAAGCGGCUGCGCAGAAGCGGCUGCGCAGAAGCGGCUGCGCAGAAGCGGCUGCGCAUAAAAACGGCUGCGCAUGAACGGCUGCGCAGGAACGGCUGCGCAGGAACGGCUGCGCAGGAACGGCUGCGCAGGAACGGCUGCGCAGGAACGGCUGCGCAGGAACGGCUGCGCAGGAACGGCUGCGCAGGAACGGCUGCGCAGGAACGGCUGCGCAGGAACGGCUGCGCAGGAACGGCUGCGCAGGAACGGCUGCGCAGGAACGGCUUCGCAGGAACGGCUGCGCAGGAACGGCUGCGCAGGAACGGCUGCGCAGGAACGGCUGCGCAGGAACGGCUGCGCAGGAACGGCUGCGCAGGAACGGCUGCGCAGGAACGGCUGCGCAGGAACGGCUGCGCAGGAACGGCUGCGCAGGAACGGCUGCGCAGAAACGGCUGCGCAGGAACGGCUGCGCAGGAACGGCUGCGCAGGAACGGCUGCGCAGGAACGGCUGCGCAGGAACGGCUGCGCAGGAACGGCUGCGCAGGAACGGCUGCGCAGAAGCGGCUGCGCAGAAGCGGCUGCGCAGAAGCGGCUGCGCAGAAGCGGCUGCGCAGAAGCGGCUGCGCAGAAGCGGCUGCGCAGAAGCGGCUGCGCAGAAGCGGCUGCGCAGAAGCGGCUGCGCAGAAGCGGCUGCGCAGAAGCGGCUGCGCAGAAGCGGCUGCGCAGAAGCGGCUGCGCAGAAGCGGCUGCGCAGAAGCGGCUGCGCAGAAGCGGCUGCGCAGAAGCGGCUGCGCAGAAGCGGCUGCGCAGAAGCGGCUGCGCAUAAGCGGCUGCGCAGAAGCGGCUGCGCAGAAGCGGCUGCGCAGAAGCGGCUGCGCAGAAGCGGCUGCGCAGAAGCGGCUGCGCAGAAGCGGCUGCGCAGAAACGGCUAGGCAGAAACGGCUGCGCAGAAACGGCUGCGCAGAAACGGCUGCGCAUAAACGGCUGCGCAGAAACGGCUGCGCAGAAACGGCUGCGCAUAAACGGCUGCGCAUAAACGGCUGCGCAGGAACGGCUGCGCAGGAACGGCUGCGCAGGAACGGCUGCGCAGGAACGGCUGCGCAGGAACGGCUGCGCAGGAACGGCUGCGCAGGAACGGCUGCGCAGGAACGGCUGCGCACGAACGGCUGCGCAGGAACGGCUGCGCAGGAACGGCUGCGCAGGAACGGCUGCGCAGGAACGGCUGCGCAGGAACUGCUGCGCAGGAACGGCUGCGCAGAACGGCUGCGCAGGAACGGCUGCGCAGAAGCGGCUGCGCAGAAGCGGCUGCGCAGAAGCGGCUGCGCAGAAGCGGCUGCGCAGAAGCGGCUGCGCAGAAGCGGCUGCGCAGAAGCGGCUGCGCAGAAGCGGCUGCGCAGAAGCGGCUGCGCAGAAGCGGCUGCGCAGAAGCGGCUGCGCAGAAGCGGCUGCGCAGAAGCGGCUGCGCAGAAGCGGCUGCGCAGAAGCGGCUGCGCAGAAGCGGCUGCGCAGAAGCGGCUGCGCAGAAGCGGCUGCGCAGAAGCGGCUGCGCAGAAGCGGCUGCGCAGAAGCGGCUGCGCAGAAGCGGCUGCGCAGAAGCGGCUGCGCAGAAGCGGCUGCGCAGAAGCGGCUGCGCAGAAGCGGCUGCGCAGAAGCGGCUGCGCAGAAGCGGCUGCGCAGAAGCGGCUGCGCAGAAGCGGCUGCGCAGAAGCGGCUGCGCAGAAGCGGCUGCGCAGGAACAGCUGCGCAGGAACGGCUGCGCAGGAACGGCUGCGCAGGAACGGCUGCGCAGGAACGGCUGCGCAGGAACGGCUGCGCAGGAACGGCUGCGCAGGAACGGCUGCGCAGGAACGGCUGCGCAGGAACGGCUGCGCAGAAACGGCUGCGCAGAAACGGCUGCGCAGGAACGGCUGCGCAGGAACGGCUGCGCAGGAACGGCUGCGCAGGAACGGCUGCGCAGGAACGGCUGCGCAGGAACGGCUGCGCAGGAACGGCUGCGCAGGAACGGCUGCGCAGGAACGGCUGCGCAGGAACGGCUGCGCAGGAACGGCUGCGCAGGAACGGCUGCGCAGGAACGGCUUCGCAGGAACGGCUGCGCAGGAACGGCUGCGCAGGAACGGCUGCGCAGGAACGGCUGCGCAGGAACGGCUGCGCAGGAACGGCUGCGCAGGAACGGCUGCGCAGGAACGGCUGCGCAGUAACGGCUGCGCAGGAACGGCUGCGCAGGAACGGCUGCGCAGGAACGGCUGCGCAGAAGCGGCUGCGCAGAAGCGGCUGCGCAGAAGCGGCUGCGCAGAAGCGGCUGCGCAGAAGCGGCUGCGCAGAAGCGGCUGCGCAGAAGCGGCUGCGCAGAAGCGGCUGCGCAGAAGCGGCUGCGCAGAAGCGGCUGCGCAGAAGCGGCUGCGCAGAAGCGGCUGCGCAGAAGCGGCUGCGCAGGAACAGCUGCGCAGGAACGGCUGCGCAGGAACGGCUGCGCAGGAACGGCUGCGCAGGAACGGCUGCGCAGGAACGGCUGCGCAGGAACGGCUGCGCAGGAACGGCUGCGCAGGAACGGCUGCGCAGGAACGGCUGCGCAGGAACGGCUGCGCAGGAACGGCUGCGCAGGAACGGCUGCGCAGGAACGGCUGCGCAGGAACGGCUGCGCAGGAACGGCUGCGCAGAAGCGGCUGCGCAGAAGCGGCUGCGCAGAAGCGGCUGCGCAGAAGCGGCUGCGCAGAAGCGGCUGCGCAGAAGCGGCUGCGCAGAAGCGGCUGCGCAGAAGCGGCUGCGCAGAAGCGGCUGCGCAGAAACGGCUGCGCAGAAACGGAACGGCUGCGCAGGAACGGCUGCGCAGGAACGGCUGCGCAGGAACGGCUGCGCAGGAACGGCUGCGCAGGAACGGCUGCGCACGAACGGCUGCGCAGGAACGGCUGCGCAGGAACGGCUGCGCAGGAACGGCUGCGCAGGAACGGCUGCGCAGGAACUGCUGCGCAGGAACGGCUGCGCAGGAACGGCUGCGCAGGAACGGCUGCGCAGGAACGGCUGCGCAGAACGGCUGCGCAGAAGCGGCUGCGCAGAAGCGGCUGCGCAGAAGCGGCUGCGCAGAAGCGGCUGCGCAGAAGCGGCUGCGCAGAAGCGGCUGCGCAGAAGCGGCUGCGCAGAAGCGGCUGCGCAGAAGCGGCUGCGCAGAAGCGGCUGCGCAGAAGCGGCUGCGCAGAAGCGGCUGCGCAGAAGCGGCUGCGCAGAAGCGGCUGCGCAGAAGCGGCUGCGCAGAAGCGGCUGCGCAGAAGCGGCUGCGCAGAAGCGGCUGCGCAGAAGCGGCUGCGCAGAAGCGGCUGCGCAGAAGCGGCUGCGCAGAAGCGGCUGCGCAGAAGCGGCUGCGCAGAAGCGGCUGCGCAGAAGCGGCUGCGCAGAAGCGGCUGCGCAGAAGCGGCUGCGCAGAAGCGGCUGCGCAGAAGCGGCUGCGCAGAAGCGGCUGCGCAGAAGCGGCUGCGCAGAAGCGGCUGCGCGGAUACGGCUGCGCGGAAACGGCUGCGCGGAAACGGCUGCGCGGAAACGGCUGCGCGGAAACGGCUGCGCGGAAACGGCUGCGCGGAAACGGCUGCGCGGAAGCGGCUGCGCGGAAGCGGCUGCGCGGAAGCGGCUGCGCGGAAGCGGCUGCGCGGAAGCGGCUGCGCGGAAGCGGCUGCGCGGAAGCGGCUGCGCGGAAGCGGCUGCGCGGAAGCGGCUGCGCAGAAGCGGCUGCGCAGAAGCGGCUGCGCAGAAGCGGCUGCGCAGAUACGGCUGCGCAGAUACGGCUGCGCAGAUACGGCUGCGCGGAAACGGCUGCGCGGAAACGGCUGCGCGGAAACGGCUGCGCGGAAGCGGCUGCGCGGAAGCGGCUGCGCGGAAGCGGCUGCGCGGAAGCGGCUGCGCGGAAGCGGCUGCGCGGAAGCGGCUGCGCGGAAGCGGCUGCGCAGAAGCGGCUGCGCAGAAGCGGCUGCGCAGAAGCGGCUGCGCAGAAGCGGCUGCGCAGAAGCGGCUGCGCAGAAGCGGCUGCGCAGAAGCGGCUGCGCAGAAGCGGCUGCGCUGAAGCGGCUGCGCAGAAGCGGCUGCGCUGAAGCGGCUGCGCAGAAGCGGCUGCGCAGAAGCGGCUGCGCAGAAGCGGCUGCGCAGAAGCGGCUGCGCAGAAGCGGCUGCGCAGAAACGGCUGCGCAGAAACGGCUGCGCAGAAGCGGCUGCGCAGAUACGGCUGCGCAGAUACGGCUGCGCAGAAACGGCUGCGCAGAAACGGCUGCGCAGAAGCGGCUGCGCAGAAGCGGCUGCGCAGAAGCGGCUGCGCGGAAGCGGCUGCGCGGAAGCGGCUGCGCGGAAACGGCUGCGCGGAAACGGCUGCGCGGAAACGGCUGCGCGGAAGCGGCUGCGCGGAAGCGGCUGCGCGGAAGCGGCUGCGCGGAAGCGGCUGCGCGGAAGCGGCUGCGCGGAAGCGGCUGCGCGGAAGCGGCUGCGCGGAAGCGGCUGCGCGGAAGCGGCUGCGCAGAAGCGGCUGCGCAGAAGCGGCUGCGCAGAAGCGGCUGCGCAGAAGCGGCUGCGCAGAAGCGGCUGCGCAGAAGCGGCUGCGCAGAAGCGGCUGCGCAGAAGCGGCUGCGCAAUAGCGGCUGCGCAGAAGCGGCUGCGCAGAAGCGGCUGCGCAGAAGCGGCUGCGCAGAAGCGGCUGCGCAGAAACGGCUGCGCAGAAACGGCUGCGCGGAAACGGCUGCGCGGAAACGGCUGCGCGGAAACGGCUGCGCGGAAACGGCUGCGCAGAAGCGGCUGCGCAGAAGCGGCUGCGCAGUAGCGGCUGCGCAGAAGCGGCUGCGCAGAAGCGGCUGCGCAGAAACGGCUGCGCAGAAGCGGCUGCGCAGAAGCGGCUGCGCAGAAGCGGCUGCGCAGAAGCGGCUGCGCAGAAGCGGCUGCGCAGAAGCGGCUGCGCAGAAGCGGCUGCGCAGAAGCGGCUGCGCAGCAGCGGCUGCGCAGAAGCGGCUGCGCAGAAGCGGCUGCGCAGAAGCGGCUGCGCAGAAGCGGCUGCGCAGAAGCGGCUGCGCAGAAACGGCUGCGCAGAAACGGCUGCGCAGAAACGGCUGCGCAGGAACGGCUGCGCAGGAACGGCUGCGCAGAAACGGCUGCGCAGAAACGGCUGCGCAGAAACGGCUGCGCAGAAACGGCUGCGCAGAAACGGCUGCGCAGAAACGGCUGCGCAGAAACGGCUGCGCAGAAACGGCUGCGCAGAAGCGGCUGCGCAGAAGCGGCUGCGCAGAAGCGGCUGCGCAGAAGCGGCUGCGCAGAAGCGGCUGCGCAGAAGCGGCUGCGCAGAAGCGGCUGCGCAGAAGCGGCUGCGCAGAAGCGGCUGCGCAGAAGCGGCUGCGCAGAAACGGCUGCGCAGAAACGGCUGCGCAGAAACGGCUGCGCAGAAACGGCUGCGCAGAAACGGCUGCGCAGAAGCGGCUGCGCAGAAGCGGCUGCGCAGAAGCGGCUGCGCAGAAGCGGCUGCGCAGAAGCGGCUGCGCAGAAGCGGCUGCGCAGAAGCGGCUGCGCAGAAGCGGCUGCGCAGAAGCGGCUGCGCAGAAGCGGCUGCGCAGAAGCGGCUGCGCAGAAACGGCUGCGCAGAAACGGCUGCGCAGAAACGGCUGCGCAGAAACGGCUGCGCAGAAACGGCUGCGCAGAAACGGCUGCGCAGAAACGGCUGCGCAGGAACGGCUGCGCAGGAACGGCUGCGCAGGAACGGCUGCGCAGGAACGGCUGCGCAGGAACGGCUGCGCAGGAGCGGCUGCGCAGGAGCGGCUGCGCAGGAGCGGCUGCGCAGAAGCGGCUGCGCAGAAGCGGCUGCGCAGAAGCGGCUGCGCAGAAGCGGCUGCGCAGAAGCGGCUGCGCAGAAGCGGCUGCGCAGAAGCGGCUGCGCAGAAGCGUCUGCGCAGUAGCGGCUGCGCAGUAGCGGCUGCGCUGAAGCGGCUGCGCAGAAGCGGCUGCGCAGAAGCGGCUGCGCAGAAGCGGCUGCGCAGAAACGGCUGCGCAGAAACGGCUGCGCAGAAACGGCUGCGCAGAAACGGCUGCGCAGAAACGGCUGCGCAGAAACGGCUGCGCAGGAACGGCUGCGCAGGAACGGCUGCGCAGGAACGGCUGCGCAGGAACGGCUGCGCAGGAACGGCUGCGCAGGAACGGCUGCGCAGGAACGGCUGCGCAGAAGCGGCUGCGCAGAAGCGGCUGCGCAGAAGCGGCUGCGCAGAAGCGGCUGCGCAGAAGCGGCUGCGCAGAAGCGGCUGCGCAGAAGCGGCUGCGCAGAAACGGCUGCGCAGAAACGGCUGCGCAGAAACGGCUGCGCAGGAACGGCUGCGCAGGAACGGCUGCGCAGGAACGGCUGCGCAGGAACGGCUGCGCAGGAACGGCUGCGCAGGAACGGCUGCGCAGAAACGGCUGCGCAGAAACGGCUGCGCAGAAACGGCUGCGCAGAAACGGCUGCGCAGAAACGGCUGCGCAGAAACGGCUGCGCAGAAACGGCUGCGCAGAAACGGCUGCGCAGAAACGGCUGCGCAGAAGCCGCUGCGCAGAAGCGGCUGCGCAGAAGCGGCUGCGCAGAAGCGGCUGCGCAGAAGCGGCUGCGCAGAAGCGGCUGCGCAGAAACGGCUGCGCAGAAACGGCUGCGCAGAUACGGCUGCGCAGAUACGGCUGCGCAGAAACGGCUGCGCAGAAACGGCUGCGCAGAAACGGCUGCGCAGAAACGGCUGCGCCGAAACGGCUGCGCCGAAACGGCUGCGCCGAAACGGCUGCGCCGAAACGGCUGCGCCGAAACGGCUGCGCCGAAACGGCUGCGCCGAAACUGCUGCGCCGAAACUGCUGCGCCGAAACUGCUGCGCCGAAACUGCUGCGCCGAAACUGCUGCGCCGAAACUGCUGCGCCGAAACAGCUGCGCCGAAACAGCUGCGCCGAAACAGCUGCGCCGAAACAGCUGCGCCGAAACAGCUGCGCCGAAACAGCUGCGCCGAAACAGCUGCGCCGAAACAGCUGCGCAGAAACAGCUAG